AUGUCAGCUUUUGCGACCCGAUCUGGCACCCCCGGGACUCUGCUUCCGCCUUUGCACCAGGGUUGUGGGCAGUGUGGUAGGUUGCAGAGACGCAAGGAUGUGGACACCCGCGAAGGAGUCCGAGAAAUCCUCACUAAGAAGGAGAAGAACAAAGUGUUGAAGCAAGGUUUUGUUGCUAAUAAAGUGCCAGAGGAUUUGGAUGCUGUGGUGAUCGGCAGUGGUAUCGGUGGACUGGGGAUCGCGGUGCUUUUGGCCAAAGUCGGGAAGAAAGUGCUGGUUCUAGAGCAGCAUGACCGAGCUGGAGGAUGCUGCCACACUUUCACAGAGAAAGGCUUUGAGUUUGAUGUCGGUAUCCACUACAUUGGGGACCUGCAGGAGCACAAGCCUUUCCGCUGCAUGCUGGACCAGAUGACUAAUGGGCAGCUGCAGUGGGAGCCGCUGGACAAUCCAUACGACUGGGUGGUGAUGGGACCACCCAAUAAUCGCCGUCGUUACCCCAUCUACAGCGGACGCACGCGCUUCCCAGAGGAGCUCAAGAAGUGCUUCCCCGGAGAGGAGAAGGCCAUCGACGAGUAUGUGCGAAUGUGCAAGAAAGCUGGUCGGGGAAUCUGGCUGCUGGCUCUGCUGAAGCUGCUCCCAAGUCCCGUGGCCUGGUUCCUGGUAAAGACCGGUCUCUGCAAACGUCUCUCCUAUUUCUUUGAAAUGGCCGACCGCAGCCUCACUGAAGUUGUCAACGGCCUGACAGAAAACACAGACCUCAGAGCUGUUUUCACCUACAUCUUUGGCACAUACGGAAACAUCCCAAAGGACGCCAGCUUCUCCAUGCACAGUCUGCUGGUCACUCACUACCUGAACGGUGCAUGGUAUCCUAAAGGGGGCGCCACUGAGAUCGCCUUCCACAUGAUCCCCAUCAUCGAGAAGGCGGGAGGAGCCGUUUUAGUGCGCGCACCGGUCAACCGCAUCCUGUUCAACAAUGCAAAUGAAGCCGUGGGUGUGAGUGUGAUGAAAGGCCAAGAGGAGGUCCACAUCCGCGCCCCGAUGGUCAUCUCUGACGCAGGCAUCUUCAACACCUACCAGAAACUGCUGCCCAAGGAGCUGCAGGCCAUGCCAGCGAUCCAGAAGCAGCUGAGUUUGAUGAAGAACGGUGAGGGUGGGCUGAGCGUGUUUGUCGGGUUGGACGGGUCCACGGAGGAGUUCGGCCUGAAAGCAGACAACUACUGGAUCUUCAAAGAGAACAACCUGGACGAGCUUGUGGAGGAUUACCUGAAUGGCGACAGAGAGAAAUCUGCUAAAAGCGUUCCCAUCUUGUUUGCUGCUUCUCCAUCGGCAAAAGACCCAAUUUGGCAGGAAAGAAAUCCAGGAAAGUCGACUGUGAGCCUGGUCAGCUUUGCCAACUACAAGUGGUUCGAGGAGUGGAAGGACGCGAAGGUGACCAACAGAGCCCCGGAGUAUAAGGACCUAAAACAGGCCUUCAUCGACUCCAUCCUGCAGGACGUCAUGGAGGUCUUCCCCAAAAUCACCAGAGAUAAGAUCGAGUACGUUGACGCUGGGACUCCCAUCACAAACACUCACUACAUCGGAGCUCCCAAAGGGGAAAUCUACGGAGCGGACCACGGCAAGGAGCGCUUCAGCCCAGAGCUCAACGCCACCAUCCGGGCUCAGACGCCACUCAACAAUCUCUAUCUGACCGGUCAGGACGUGUUCCUGUGUGGUUUUGCCGGAGCCUUGGCCGGAGCCCUCACCUGCGGCUCCACCAUCCUCAAGCGGAACCUGCACCUGGACGCCAUCGCGCUGGCCAAGAGAACCAAACCUGUGAAAUCCAAGGGAGAGUGA